AUGGUCAGGUCCCACGGCCUCCGCCUCGCUCGCCGCUCCGUCGCCUCGUUUCUCCUCCACACUUCCGAUUCAGCCCUAUUGUGCAAUUACUUCGUGCGUGGGGGUGGGAGGAGCUUCAGUACCUCUCUGUUUAAUCAAUCCAGGUGCCCUCCAAAUUCCAGAUAUGGACAAGUGGGUCUUGAGAAGUAUUGGUUGAAGAUACCAUCUUCCAAUAAUAAUUUGCGUGGAGCACGAUCGAUCCAUGGCACUGCACAUUUGUCGAGAGAUUUUUACGAUGUUCUGGGUGUCAAUAAAAAUGCAACGGCAUCGGAAAUAAAGAAAGCGUACUAUGGACUUGCAAAAAAAUUGCAUCCUGAUACAAACAAAGAUGACCCAGAAGCUGAAAGAAAAUUUCAAGAAGUUCAGAAGGCUUAUGAGGUCUUGAAGGAUGAUGAAAAGCGCCAACAAUAUGAUCAGCUUGGCCAUGAAGCUUUUGAACGUGCUGGGAAUGGUGAAGGCUCUGGGUUUGAUCCAUUUGGUGCUGGAUUUAAUCCUUUCCAGGACAUAUUUAGAAAUGCUGAUAUUUUCAACAUCUUCAGAGGAGUAGGUGGAGAAGAUGUUAAGGUAUCACUGGAACUAUCGUUUAUGGAAGCUGUCCAAGGAUGCACCAAGACGCUUAGCAUCCUGACUGAUUUGGCCUGUGAUGCUUGUGGCGGAACUGGAGUUCCUCCUGGAACAAGACCUGAAACAUGCAAACGAUGCAAAGGCUCUGGCAUGAUUGUAUCACAAAAUGGCCCUUUUACAUAUCAAUCAACUUGUCCGAGUUGCGGAGGAGAAGGAAAAACUGUGUCGAGCUUCUGCAAGUCUUGCAAGGGAAAACGGGUCGUGAGAGGUGCAAAAACAGUAAAGUUAAAUGUGGUGGCAGGAGUGGACAAUAACGAAAUUAUUAAGAUUCCUAGAAGUGGAGGGGCAGAUCCUGAUGGAAAUCAGCCUGGUGAUCUUAUUGUUUUGAUUAAGGUCAGAGAAGAUCCAGUGUUCCGUAGAGAAGGGCCUAAUAUCCAUGUAGAUGCAUUUUUGAGCAUCACUCAGGCAAUUUUGGGGGGAACGAUACAGGUUCCCACUCUGACGGGCGACGUUGUUGUUAAGGUCCGUCCUGGGACUCAACCUGGCCAAAAGGUGGUUUUGAGGAAAAAGGGAAUUAAAGUGAAAAACUCCUUUUCAUUCGGGGAUCAGUAUGUGCACUUCAAUGUCAGCAUCCCAACAAAUUUGACUGAGAGGCAACUGCAAUUGAUCGAGGAGUUUGCUAAAGAAGAGCAAAGGGAAGACGAUAAGGGGGCUGCUGCAGGUGCAUCAAGUUGGUUCCGGUGA